GACGGGAAUUCUCAUGCACCCGAUAGAAUUGUGCGAUAAAUUUUAUUUCAUUCUACCGUCGACAGAGAAGAAAAGGAGGCAAUUGCAAGAAAAGAGAGACAACGAGCUCAAAUCAUGCUAUACGCCUAUAUAUGUAUUCGAUGAGUCAACGAUGAGUGCGCAUGAUGAUCUUCAGGAUUCUGCAUUUAUAAAGACCUCACUCGCAAAGAUUGUGUCCGAGACCUGGCGAGCGUGCUGAGCUGUCAACCAACGCGUUGGACAUGCACAAUUCAUAUUUCUUUUUGUGACAUUCUUGUAGCCUCGGACGGACUCGGUGACCCUUUCAGCUGGCUCUUGCUAUCUUAUUACUAUCCCAGUCAGGUCACCACUGUGCACUUCCUAAACAUUCCGAUCAUAUCUCCCGUUCAAUAUUUGGCGCAGAAACAUGUCCUACACCUCACAAUCAUGCGAUCAGGCCGCUUCUCUUUGGCUCGACAAUGAUUUGCCUCCAGAGAUCCUUUCACAUCUCAAACUCAGUGGCUGCCCUGACACUGCUAUUGAUUCUUCCUUCAAGCUAGGAAACGCAGCACAGACAUCUAUCGGCCUAGCAGGCCUAGCAGCUGCAUAUAUCCUUUCUCUGAGGACUGGAAAUAUGCAAGACGUCAGUGUCGACGCACGUCACGCUAUUCUGGACAUCUCUAGUGAAUCUUGGUACACCGUAGAUGGCCAGGUGCCUACUACAUCUGCGCAGGAUUAUCUGGCGGGAAUAUAUAGAACCAAGGACGACAGUUUUGUUCGUCUGCACACCAACUUCCCGCAUCACCGACAGGGCAUCCUCAAUAUUUUGCAGUGUGAUCCCACUCGUGAAGCCAUUCAAGCCGCUUUAUUGCAGUGGAAUGCGAAAGAUUUUGAAGAUGAAGCAGUAAAGCAGAGAAUGUGUGUUAGUGCCUAUAGGUCAUUUGAGGAGUGGGACAAGCAUCCGCAAGCAGCUGCAUUAAGAGGAACGCCUCCAAUCCAGCUCAUCAAGAUCGGAGAAGCUCCUAAACGGGACAUCAAGGAGUCUCCGCAGUUCCCUCUCGAGGGAAUUAGAGUGUUAGACCUGUGCCGGGUACUUUCAGGACCGGUGUGCGGCCGAACGCUUGCAGCGUAUGGCGCUGACGUGCUCCUCGUUACCUCCCCAAAGCUUCCUGAUUUGCCCGCGCUUGAUGUCGAUACAUCUCGUGGCAAGCGCACAACGCAGCUCGAUCUCACCCAAGCCCCACAAAAUGACUGCCUGAAAGAAUUAGUCAAGGAUGCUGAUGUAUUCCUGCAAGCAUACCGACCAGGUGGCCUUCAGGAAAAAGGGUUUGGACCCCAGGAACUUGCCAAAAUUCGGCCUGGUAUUGUAUGCGCCAAUCUGACAGCGUACGGUUGGGAGGGUCCCUGGAAACACAAGCGUGGCUUCGACUCGCUCGUUCAGACUGCUACGGGCUUUAAUUGGGCAGAGGCUGAAGCUUUUGCUAAAUUCAAUGAGCUGCCCGUCGUGAAUAAGCCAGAACCUCGAGCACUCCCUGUACAAGCCUUGGAUCAUGUUGCAGGGUACUUCCUCGCUUUUGGAAUUCAAGCUGCAAUCGCAAAAACGAUCACUGAAGGCGGCUCUUGGGAAGUCCGUGCCUCUUUAGCAGCAGUUGCGCAGUGGCUCCGAUCACUUGGGCAACUUCCGCCAGAUACUGCAUUCGGAGAUGGGAAACCUCUACCAAAGCGAAUGGACCCACCAAACCUAGAGGUAGUAGCACUAUCUGUCACACUCCAUGAGGCGACAGGUGACAAAAGGAACGUUGAAGGGUCUCUCAGGACGAUGACAGCUAUUUGCCAUGCAGCACGGCUAUCCGUUACGCCUGUCAAAGAUGUGGAAGCUCCAAUGGGCUUGAAUCGGCAUCGACCUGUGUGGCUGCCGUAUGUGUGAAAGUGCAAAUGCGAGGAAAGUUCAAUUAAUUGCUGACGAAUUUCCGUCACCGGAGUUUUUGUAGUACAAUAUGACAAAAUCCAUCAAUACUCAUAAUUAAAGUCAAUCCACUUUGGUAUACCGGCAAAAACUUCCUCUAGCGUGAAGGAU